UCCCUGAUGACAAGGCAGAAAGAAGUAUAUCAGAAUGUGAAUAAAAUAACACCAGCAAUCUGGCAUAAAUCACAUGAAGUAGAUAUUGCAGAUGUUUUUACUGAACUCAGCUUACUGCAAUCUAAAAAAGAAGACAAAGGAAAACAAGACAAGUCAACAUGCACAAAAAAAGAAGGUAGACCCACAUCAUUAACAGAGGCAUUAGAGGUUAUUAAGUCAACAGAUUCUUGUAAGGUAUUAAUAACAGGGGAGGGAGGAAUGGGUAAGACUACCCUCCUUAAGUAUAUUGCUCAUCAGUGGGCUACUGAUGAUGAACAUGUCUUUGCUGAUAAAUUACUGUUUCUGAUAAAUAUCAGGGAAAUUAAAGAAAGUAAAUCAUUCUUGGAGAUAAUUAUGAAUGAAAUUAAUUCAAAAGAAAUAAUUGAUGGGAACGAUUUGUCAUGUGACUCAUUUAACCCAGUUGAAAGGUUCUUGGUCAAACAUGACAAUGAAAUAAUAUUUUUGUUAGAUGGAUAUGAUGAGUUAGGAAGAAAUGCUAAAGACCCAAUUGAUCUAUUUAAAAAAAGAGAAUUGCGAAAAAGCAUGGUAGUGAUAACAUCUCGACCCGACAACACAGCUGAUUUGAUUAAAUACUGUGAUGUACAUAUUGAAGUGAAGGGAUUCAGUCAAAGUAACAUAAAGAAGUAUAUUCAAAAUUAUUUUCGUUCAAUCAGUGAAAUCGAAGUUGGUAAUUCUUUAAUAAAAGAGUUUGGACUUGAUUCAGAGGAUCCAUUUUUUUGGGGUGGUAAUCACAAAGAAGCAUUUAAAUUGUGCUCCUCUCCACUGUUAUUGCUUCACAUUUGUACCAUAUGGGAAGAAAAACGUGUUCUUCCCACAUACUUGCCCGAUCUUUUUAAGGAGCUCAUUUGUUGUAUUUUAAAUCAAUAUCUAAACAGGGCUGGCAUAAAAUCGGUAAUUGCCAAUUUUGAGAGAAUUCCAGAUCAAUACAUGUCUGCCAUUUUAAUUUUAGGAGAGUGUAUGUAUAUAGGACUAAAGGAAAAUACACUGUCUAUUGACAAAUUUGUUUUGUCAAAUAUGGCAAAGGAUAAAGAAUUAUUAAAUUUAGCACUAGCACUUGGGUUUGUUUAUAAUGAUACCCCUGCUAAUCCAGGGAAAGUAAAGGAGAUGUACACACCCCCACAUAAAUUAAUUUCAGAGGCACUAGCAGGGCUGUACCUGUCUACAGAAAUUCAGAAAGGGAGUUUAAAGGUUGAGUAUGAGGAAAUCAGAUGUAAUGCUUAUUUGAAUAUGACGAGGAUGUUUGCAAUAGGAUUUUUAGGUGCUGAUGCUGAUAAGUUGCUGAAACCAUGGUUAAUAAUCAGGGCCUCAAAUUAUUGCUCAAUAGUACAAUGUUUAAAACAUGUAAAGAAAGAGAAUGAAGAUGAUAUUUUAGUGAAAUUGGAUAAGCUCAUGUCCAACGAUAUGAAAGCACAUAGUGAGCAAAUGUUGGAGUCAUUUAGAAGUCUUAUAAAUGAUGGCAGAGACAUAUCAAGUAUGCAUUUAUUCAAACUCAUGAAAAGAUGUAGCAUUGAAUAUGAUCCUUACAGACUUGAAGCAGCAGCAGUAUCUUUGAUAAAUAGGUGCAGGGAAAGGCAGUGCCAACUUGUUGUACAUACCUUAGUGUUAUUACAAGUAAUGAAACAGAAACAUCAACCAUACUGUCUACUUGAAUGUAUUUCAAAAUGGAAAAAUGAAGAA